CUACUCUUGGGCAUUCAAUACAUACAGCGUUGGAAUUUGCAAAAAGUUUUCACAUAAUUAACAAGUUAUGGUGACUAGAAAAGCGCCAAUUAAACGCAGCGCACAGCUGGCAGCUAUUGAUAAAGCGAAUGAAAGUGACGAUGAAGGCGCAUCACAGCCUAAAGUGCCCAAGGAGCUGCUCGUAAUUGCACAGGAGGUGAAAAUUGUGCGUGCAUUGGCUUGUAAUGACUUAACGAAGCGCAAUCGACAACUACGCAAGCUGCGAAAAUGGUUUCAGCUUCGUGCGCGCAGCUCCUUUCCAUUUACCGAGGACGACUUUAUGCGCAUUUGGAAGGGUUUGUACUACAACGUGUGGAUGUCAGACAAGCCCUUGGUGCAGGAGGAUUUGGCCGAACAGUUGGCUCAAAUGAUUGACAGUUUUGAUGGCAACACUGCCUGCAGUCUGGCCUAUUUUAGCGCCUUUAUGCGCACAAUGUGUCAAGAGUGGUUUGGCAUUGAUCAGUGGCGCAUGGAUAAAUUCUUAAUGUUGGUGCGCCGCAUGCUGCGCUAUAUGCUACGUCUGCUGAAGGCCCAAAAGUGGCCGCCAGAGCUUAUAGAGUCGUACAAUGCGACCAUGCUGCUUUCUGUUUUGGCAGAGCAGCCCAAAUCCCGUGGUCUGACCAUGCACUAUAUGGACAUCUUCUUCGAGGAGCUGGCCAAGGCAGCCAAUGAGGAAAUUACCGCUGCACAGGUGAACCUAUUUUUGCGUCCCUUUGUGCGUUACAUGGGUACCCAGCGCGAUGCCAAGCUGGUAGCUCAGUGUCGCACGCGUGUGCUCUACCAGUUGCUCUACCAAAGUGAGCUGGGACGCGAGUAUAGCGAGAAGUACAAGGCAUGGAAGGAAAUGGGCUUUCCCACAGCAUCUAUCGAUGAUGUUGAGAAACUAGACUCUGGAUUCGAUGAGGAAGAGGAUGAACUAGAUGAGGAGCAGCAGCCAGAGGCCACGUCGCUGGAUCCACGCGCAGGCAAUGUCGAUGUGCUUAUGCCUGAACUACCACUGAAUGCGGAUGCAGUGCUGGACGAGCUGCAGACCUUGCUACGCACACAGGAAUACAACACUAAAAAGCGCAAGGGCUUAAGAAAGCUGGUACACAUCUUUGAAACCUAUGCUGGCGGUGAAUUUCCACUGGGUGUGCGAAAUAUGCCGAAGCCUGAAGGUGCCACAAUGGCAGAGUUGGUGGAGCAAAAGGUAGCUGAGGGUGAGCAACAGGAGGAGGAUACAUUUGGCACGGGACGUAAACUCAAAAAACUGACAAAGGCUAAACGCAAACGAUUGCUCAAAUCUAUAAAUUUUGAGGAGGUGAAUGAGGAUAACUAUGAGGAGAUAAUCAACAGAGCUUUGUCGCCAAAGCUGCGCGAGCAGGUGAAGCGUAAUGAAAAAGUACGUUCCAGCAUACAGAAUGCGUGGGUGGUCGAAAAAGUGGAAGAGGAAGGCAAGCCAGAGCAGGAUGGAGGAGCGGAGCCGAAAGCCAAGCAAAAGACAAAAGCUGCCAAAAAGCCAGCCAAGUCACAGUCCAAGACCCAGCCACAGCAAAAGAAGCUCAAGCAAGCAGCAGCGGAUGAGGAAGCGUUAACGUCAACAACAACAGCAGCAGCAUCAGCAGCAGAAACAGUAACAACAACAGAAACUCCGAAUGAAGAGACAGCAGUCGCUGCCAAGGAGGGCAAGGCAAGCAACGGUUGGGAGGAGGCACUGCAGCCAGGGGAAAUGGAUUAUUUUGUGCCCUCGCGCAAAGUGCAGCUCAAACAAGCGAAUAAGAAACUUUCGCUCAAUCCUGCUGCACAAAACUCACCCAAAACGCCUGUGGAGCGUCUUAGAGCAGCCGCUACACCACAGACUGGCAGCGCUAAGCGUGUUCGAAUCAUGAUCAAGCAAAACAGCGCCUAUCCGAAGAGUGACUACUAUCGCCAGUUGAAAUUGUCGCCACAAUUGCCGUACGAUGCCAAUCGUUUGCCCGGCAAGAGUGCCCUCAAGCCCCAUGUGCUACCGGGUCCUAUAAAUCCCAAUUUUAAGAAAAAGCGUCUGUUCAACGAUACGCUGUGACGUUGUGUAAGCUGGCUGGGCUUCGAGGACUGGAUGGCUGCUGAUUGUACACAAUAGCAAAUGUCAGCCAAUGUUCCAUACAUACAUACAUAUAAAACUGAGCAGGCUCUGCUGCACUUAGUAGUGUGUGCUCUGCCUUUGCGCUUACUGCAUCAUCGACAUGCAUAGUUAAUAUACCAUUAUAUUGUGUAACAGAUAUUUUUACUUAUGCAUUAUGCAUCAUUUAUAUUGCUUGUAGUUGAUUUUUUGUUCAAUAUGCGCAACACACACAUUUCAAUGGAAUUUAUGUACGUAUUUAACGAAAUAAAAGCUAAAAGUA